AUGUCGGAACCAACAAACGAACCUUUUGAGCAAGAACAACAAACCAACAACAUUUCGUCUUCGGAUGAUAUUGUUCACAACACUGAUGAAGAUUCACAACAUCAUCAACAUGUAGACUCUGCAGAGGUUAAUAUGACUACAGCGCCAAUUGAAGACACCAACAAAACUGAGAGUAAUGUAGCUGAUGAUGAUGACAAUGCCACUCAUCAAGCCAAGUUGGAGUCCUCUUCAGAUGUAGAUGUUGUGGAAAAGAUGGAUGAGAAAGAAGGCGGAGUACAAUCUUCAUCGAUAGAAAGUAUUAAUUCUGAGCAUCCUCAUCAUCAAGAAAAUAGUGCAACUCCAUCAAGCACAGAAAAUACUACAAAUUCUCUUGAAUCAUCAUCAUCAAACGAGGAGCAACCACAACACCAUUCAGUUACCAACACAACUAUCACUGAGAAUGAGCAACCACAACAUGAACCUUUAACGCUCAUCACCACAGUCAUUCACGAACAAGUAACGACAACUACCCCUUCUGCACAGAUUGCAGAACCACAAGCAACAGGAGAGAAAAACAUUCAAGAUGAAGGUCAUAUCGAUGAGCUUUUAGAAUCUGUUCUUGGAGAUACAUUUGGAAAAAUCAUUGCUUCCACCUCUGAGAAGAAGGAGAGCGAAGAGGAAGAAGAAAUUGAAGAAUUACAAACGGCAGGCUCUCUAGCAAACAAACAGCCAGGAGGAGCUGCUGCGAUUCAUCUUGAUGACGACGAAGACGAAGAAGGUGAACCAAACGAAGCAGAUUUGAUUAAUAUUCUGAAACAACUGAGUGGAAAUGCUCAUGAAGACGAGGAUGAGCAUCAUGCCCAUCCUCUUAAUGGCCAAACAACAACUAUCGACGAGGAUGACGAAUUCGAAGAUAUGAACGAAGAAGAAGAGGCAGCCAUAAAGAUGGGAGAAAACUUGACAAGCAUGUUUGGAAAAGCCCGUGCAACCUCCGAUCAUCACCAUUCAGGAUCUUCUGAACCAGGCGUUGGCUGGACUGUGGCUGAAUACGCCCUAACAGCUGCUGCAGUAUUCGGAAUUGGAUACUUCUUGAAUAAGGUCGUUGAUUAG